AUGUGGCUGGCUACGUUUAGAGACCAUCUGUUGCCUGCACACCUGCUACAUCACCAAGGGACUGUAACCAUCACCCACUGUGCUCUUCUCUGGUGGAUAUUAUGUUCCUGCUGGUCAUUCACCAAGGCAACAAGCCAGAAAUUCUACCCGACCGUGACCACCCAGUUUGGGAAACUGCGGGGCCUCAGGGUUCCCGUGCCCAGCGAGGUGCUCCGGCCCGUUGAUCAGUAUCUGGGGGUCCCCUAUGCUGCUCCGCCCGUGGGCGAGAAACGCUUCAUGCCCCCCGACCAGCCCUCUUCUUGGUCAGGUAUCAAGAAUGCGACCCACUUCAUGCCCGUGUGCCCUCAGAACAUCCACAACACCGUGCCAGAGAUCAUGAUGCCCAUAUGGUUCACCUAUAACCUGGACACAGUCGCCACAUACAUUCAGGAUCAGAGCGAGGACUGCUUAUAUCUAAACAUCUACGCUCCGACAGAGGAUGGGAACCAACACAAGAAAAAGGGGGCGGCUUUCUCACAUGCUGAGACUCAUAUAUCUGAAGAUAUAAGGGACUCAGAAGCUCGACCUGUGAUGGUUUACAUCCAUGGAGGCUCCUAUAUGGAGGGCACCGGGAACAUGAUGGACGGCAGCGUGCUGGCCAGUUAUGGGAAUGUUGUUGUCGUCACGCUCAACUACAGAAUCGGAAUAUUAGGCUUCCUCAGUACUGGUGACCAGGCGGCAAAAGGAAACUAUGGACUCCUGGACCAGAUUCAAGCUCUCCGUUGGAUCAGUAAGAACAUCGGUUACUUUGGAGGAGACCCCGGUCGCAUCACAGUUUUUGGAUCUGGAAUCGGUGCUUCCUGUGUCAGUCUGCUAACUCUGUCCCACCAUUCAGAGGGUUUGUUCCAUAGAGCCAUCAUCCAGAGCGGUUCAGCCCUGUCCAGCUGGGCUGUCAACUACCAGCCAGUCAAGUACACUCGCAUGCUGGCCGAGAGGGUCGGCUGCAACGUGCUGGACACUGUGGACAUGGUCUCCUGCCUGCAGAAGAAAAGUGCAAGGGAGCUGGUGGAGCAAGACAUCCAGCCCGCCCGAUACCGCGUGGCUUUCGGUCCUGUCAUUGACGGAGAUGUCAUCCCGGACGACCCGGAGAUCCUGAUGGAGCAGGGCGAGUUCCUUAACUAUGACAUAAUGCUAGGUGUCAACCAAGGAGAAGGGCUGCGCUUUGUGGAGAACGUGAUGGAUCUGGAAGAUGGUGUGUCUGGCAACGACUUUGACUUUGCAGUGUCAGACUUUGUGGACAGCUUGUAUGGCUACCCAGAAGGGAAGGACACACUGAGGGAGACAAUUAAAUUCAUGUACACGGACUGGGCCGACAAGGACAACCCGGAGACCAGGAGGAAGACCUUGGUGGCCCUCUUCACUGACCACCAGUGGGUAGAGCCCUCUGUGGUGACAGCUGACCUACACGCCCGCUAUGGCUCGCCUACAUACUUCUACGCCUUCUACCACCACUGCCAGAGCCUCAUGAAGCCAGUGUGGUCAGACUCAGCGCACGGAGAUGAGGUGCCUUAUGUGUUCGGCAUCCCCAUGGUGGGCCCAACGGACCUCUUCCCCUGUAACUUCUCCAGGAACGACAUCAUGCUCAGCGCUGUGGUUAUGACUUAUUGGACCAACUUCGCCAAGAGUGGGGAUCCUAACAAACCAGUGCCACAGGACACCAAGUUCAUCCACACCAAGGCCAACCGCUUCGAGGAGGUGGCCUGGUCUAAGUACGACCCCUACGACCAGCUCUACUUGCACAUUGGCCUGAAGCCCCGUAUCCGUGACCACUACCGCGCCACCAAGGUGGCCUUCUGGAAACACCUAGUGCCCCAUCUCUACAACCUCCACGACAUGUUCCACUACUCCUCCACCACCACCAAGGUCACCCCACUGGAUCCCACCCAGUCCAACGGUAAGAAGUCAGGCAGCACCGGUCGUCCUCCUGCAUCCACUGGCCACAAUGACGGCGAAGGAGGGAGGGAGAUGGGCCCUCUUAUCAUGCCGAACCCGAGAGAUUACUCCACGGAGCUCAGCGUCACCAUUGCUGUGGGAGCGUCACUGCUCUUCCUCAACGUCCUGGCGUUCGCUGCUCUGUACUACCGCAAGGACAAGCGCAGUCGGCAGGACACGUCCCAGCAGCCCAGUCCCCAGCGUGACAGCAAAGGCAACAACGUGAGCCACACCACCACCAUAGACGAGACCCUGUCCCAGCAAAGGAACCAGUGUGAAGCCCUUCACAAUCCUCUUCACGUCUCGCCCAGCAUGGACUACUCACUGAGCCAGCGCCGCUCCCCUGACGACAUCCCUCUGAUGACCCCCAACAACAUCACCAUGAUCCCCAACUCCCUGAUGGGCCUCUCCAACAUGAGUCCAUACAGCACCUUCCCCGCAGGUUACAGCUCUGCAGGCCUGCCCAGCACCCACUCUACCACUCGGGUAUAG